CAUGACCCGCGCGGAGCCAGGCUGACCAAUUCCAAUAUGGUGGCCAGCUUGGCAGGUCUACGGUUCCUGUUGAUGGUAUUGUUGUUGUGCGGGAUCAGGUACGGCUCCUGCGGCCAGGAGGCCACCCAGGUCCUCGGGCUGCGGCUGGAGGACCCGGCGGGUCCGGUGUGCAUGAAGGACCGGAUCAUCUCUGCGCCAGAAGGAGCCACGUUCAAGCUCCGUCUCUUCGUGGCGGAUCUGAAUGAAAGCUGGCCGUGGGUGGCGUUCUCUGGGGCGCCCGGCGGGGCGGCCGCGGGGGUCGGAGAUGCGCCCGACCCGUGCGAGGACGAGUCCGCGCGCAAGGAGUCCGCCUUCCGGGUGACGGGCAACUUCGUGCCGGACGAGCCGCACAGCGGGCUGCUGACGGUGGUGGUCGCGCGGGGGAGGGUCCCCGCGGCGGGGGGCGUGCAGACCUACCACCACCUGUGCGCGCGGAGGGGAGACAGGUGGGAGUCCGUGGGCUCGGACCGGCUGCGGAUCAGCCCUGACGGGGGGCCGCCCCCGGACCACAUCCCGCCGUGGGGGCUGGCCGUGCUGGUGGUGCUGCUGCUGCUGCUGUGCGCCGUGCUGAGGACCGUGAACCUCAGCCUGCUGUGGCUCGACCCGGUGGAGCUGUACGUGCUGCACAGCUGCGGCUCCGAGGAGGAGAAGAGGGCCGCCAAGCGCCUGGAGCCCAUCCGGAGGAGGGGCAACUUCAUGGCCUGCUCCCUGCUCUUCCUCUGCGCUCUGGGACACUCGGUCCUCGGCGUCCUGCUCUACCGGGCGCUGGGCUCCAUCCUGUCCGCCGUCUUCACCAGCGGCGUCCUGAUCUUCUUCCUGGCCGAGCUGGCCCCCCACGUCCUGUGCUCCGGCUACGGCUUCCAGCUGGCCCCGGCGCUGACCUGGCUGGCCCAGGUCUGCAUGGUGCUCACCUGCCCCCUGUCCUGCCCUCUGGGCCUCAUCCUGGACCUGGGCCUGAGGAGGGACAUCAGCACCUGCGGGAUCCGGGAGAGGACCAUGGAGAUGAUCCGCACCAGCGUCAACGACCCCUACAGCGAGUUCGUGAAGGAGGAGUUCAGCCGGGGGGCGCUGCGCAGCAAGACGGUGGAGGACAUCCUGACGCCGCUCAAGGACUGCUUCAUGCUGCCCAGCUCGGCCGUCCUCGACUUCUCCACCAUGUCCGAGAUCAUGCAGAGCGGAUACACCCGGGUGCCCAUCUACGAGGAGGAGAGGUCAAACAUUGUGGAGAUCCUGUACGUGAAGGAUUUGGCGCUGGUGGAUCCGGAGGACUGCACCCCCAUGACGACCAUCACCAAGUUCUACAACCACCCGCUGCACUUCGUCUUCAACGACACCAAGCUGGACGCCAUGCUGGAGGAGUUCAAGAAAGGUAACUCUCACAUGGCCAUCGUGCAGAAAGUGAACAACGAGGGCGAGGGCGACCCGUUCUACGAGGUUCUGGGUCUGGUCACCCUGGAGGACGUCAUCGAGGAGAUCAUUAAAUCGGAGAUCCUGGACGAGUCCGACGGAUACCUGGACCGGAAGGUGAAGCGCCCCCUCACCCCUCUGGAGAUCCCGCUGGAGCCGCGCAGCGCCCACGAGGAGUUCUCGCUCUUCAAGCCCCCGGAAGGAGAACCAAAGAUCCGGACGUCACCGCAGCUGCUGCUGGCCACGCACCGCUUCCUCUCCAGAGAGGUGGAGCACUUCAGUCCGGCCCGAGUGUCGGAGAAAGUCCUCUUCCACCUGCUGCGUCACCCCAGCGUCAACCAGGAAGUCCACUUUGACCCCAGCAACCGGCUGAGCGCGGGCCACUACCUGUACACCCGCAACCACCCGGUGGACUACUUCAUCCUGCUGCUGCAGGGUCGCGUGGAGGUGGAGAUCGGCAAGGAGGGGCUGAAGUUUGAGAACGGCGCUUUUACGUACUACGGCGUGUCGGCGCUGACGCUGCCAUCUUCAGUGCAUCAGUCUCCGGUGUCGACCCAGCGUCACUCCCCCAGGGACCCGUUCGAGUCCGGCGAGGCCACCAGCCCGUCCAGCUACUGUCCCGACUACACCGUCCGAGCGCUGACCGACCUUCAGCUGAUACGGGUGACCCGUCUGCAGUAUCUGAACGCCCUCAUGGCGUCUCGCGUCGGCCAGAGCCCCGACCCCCCCGAGAUCAAGAUCCUCCCCAACAGUCAGACCAAGCUGCUGAACGACAGAAACACCACGCAAGAGUUCCCUGUAAACUUUUCAUUCUUUGACACCAUUGAGAACUACUGUUAGGCUUUCUUUUGCAUGAGGUGACAGCCGAGCCCAGGAGAGCUCCACAGAAGAGGAGGCUCAUGGGUAGCGACCUUUCCCCCUGCCCACUGUAAAAACAACAAUAAUAGAGAAAAUAGUGCAGGUUUUUUUUUUUUUGUUUAUUUGUUUUUAUUGACGAAUCAUCUAUGGCUGGAACGUAGUAAAUAUCGGACAAAACUGGAGGGAGAGUGAUUUUUUUUUAUUUUUAUCUGUCUAUUGUGUAGAUCUUCUCAUCUCCAUCACCAUUCCUCUCUGUGCUCUCCAUUCCUCCGGUCUUAUUUUCUACCGGUUGUUUGUACAUAUAGAUAUAUCUAAAUAUUGAUUCUAUGGCGUGGCUUGAAGAAGUGGGCGAGCCCCGUUUUAAAUGACUCCUGCAUGAGUUUUAACCUGAAACUCCAAAAGCGCUUCUCAGAACCGGGCCGAAAUAAAACCCCCCCAAACGUUCGACUUUUAAUCUGCAGAGCGAAGACAAGGCCAAAGGACUCCCUCGCCGCUUCCUGCCGCCGUGUCUGAAUAAAUCCCUUUUAUUUUUCAUUUGGCGGUGCCUUUCUUCCUGGAUUAAACCCGCUAUGUUACCAUUCCUCACUUCUCACC